AAGGUCGGUCACGUGCUGCAGAAAGCUCCAGAUCAACAUGGCUGCGUGCAUGAAGAUGCUGAGCGCUGCGAGACAGAUGCACAGAAACCCGGCUCUCCUCGUCAGACUGAAGUGGCCCGGCCGGAGCCUGGCUCCAAGGGCCGACGCCGCUGCCCCGGGCCGGUUCUACAGCAGAGCCGAGGGCUCACAGAGAACCAGCACCACCUGCUGCGCUGACAUGACCGGCGGCACCGCGGUGACAGCUGGCUGCAGGUUGACCGUCAGACCUCACCGGUGGCAGCGGGUCGGUGCCGUUCCCCGUGGCCGCGCCGAUCUUCUCACAGCGGCCCCUCGACUCUACGUGAUUCCGGACAGGAUGUUCGGGAACCAGGCCAGCGGUGCGGGCUUCUCCGGGGAGGACGGCGGGGACAGUGCAGGCUCCGGGGCAGAGGAGUCUGGGGGCGACGGUGGGGUGCCGUACAACGGACCUCAGAUGACGGCCCUCACCCCCAUGAUGGUCCCGGAGGUGUUUCCCAAUGUGCCGCUGAUCGCUGUGAGCAGGAACCCGGUGUUUCCCCGCUUCAUCAAGAUCAUAGAGGUAAAGAACAAAGCGCUGAUGGAGCUGUUGAGGAGGAAGGUUCGCUUGGCUCAGCCGUAUGCCGGUGUCUUCCUGAAGAAAGAUGAUACUAACGAGUCCGAUGUGGUGGAGUCUCUGGACGCAGUCUACUCUACAGGGACAUUUGUUCAGAUUCACGAGAUGCAGGACCUGGGAGACAAGUUGAGGAUGAUUGUCAUGGGACAUCGCAGGAUCCGGAUCACCAAGCAGCUGGAGGUGGAGCCUGAGGAGAUAGUGACGUCCCCUGCGGUGUCAGAGUCUGAGCCCGAGUCCCACCCCAAACCUCCACCAAGACGCAAAUCAAAACGCGGCCGCAAGGACCAGCCGGUUUCUCAGGCAGAGCAGGCGGAGGACAAGAUUUCAGAGACGGUCCUGAGUCCAGAGCUCCGACCGCUGCCCUCCUCCGACAUCCUGAUGGUGGAGGUGGACAAUGUUCAACACGAGCAGUUCACUGUCACGGAGGAGGUCAAGGCACUGACAGCAGAGAUAGUAAAGACCAUCAGGGACAUCAUUGCACUCAACCCGCUCUACAGAGAGUCUGUCCUUCAGAUGAUGCAGGCUGGUCAGAGGGUGGUUGAUAAUCCCAUCUACCUCAGUGACAUGGGAGCAGCUCUGACGGGGGCGGAGUCACACGAACUACAGGACGUCCUGGAGGAGAUCAAUAUCCCAAAGCGUCUCUACAAGGCUCUGUCUCUGCUAAAGAAGGAGUAUGAGCUGAGUAAACUGCAGCAGCGACUGGGCAGAGAGGUGGAGGAGAAGAUCAAACAGACCCACAGGAAGUACCUGCUCCAGGAGCAGCUCAAGAUUAUCAAGAAGGAGCUGGGUCUGGAAAAGGAGGACAAAGACGCUAUCGAAGAGAAGUUUCGAGAGAGACUCAAAGACCGGACAGUCCCGCAGCACAUAAUGGACGUGAUCAACGAGGAGCUCACAAAGCUGGGGCUGCUGGACAACCACUCGUCAGAGUUCAAUGUGACCCGUAACUACAUGGACUGGCUGACCAGCAUGCCCUGGGGCACCAACAGUGAGGAGAACUUAUCAUUGGAGAGAGCCAAAGAGGUUCUGGAAGAAGAUCAUUAUGGGAUGGAUGAUGUUAAGAAACGCAUAUUGGAGUUCAUUGCAGUGAGUCAGCUGCGCGGCUCCACCCAGGGGAAGAUCCUGUGUUUCUACGGCCCCCCGGGCGUAGGAAAGACCUCCAUCGCUCGCUCCAUAGCCAGAGCCCUCAACAGGCAAUACUUCAGGUUCAGCGUUGGAGGAAUGACCGAUGUGGCUGAGAUUAAAGGACACAGGAGGACGUAUGUCGGAGCAAUGCCAGGAAAGAUUAUCCAGUGCCUGAAGAAAACCAAGACGGAGAACCCGCUUGUACUAAUUGAUGAGGUGGAUAAAAUGGGCCGCGGUUACCAGGGUGAUCCAUCGUCCGCGCUGCUGGAACUCCUAGACCCCGAGCAGAACGCCAACUUCCUUGACCACUACUUGGACGUUCCUGUCGAUCUGUCGAAGGUGUUGUUCAUCUGCACUGCCAACGUGACGGACACCAUCCCAGAGCCGCUCAGAGACCGGAUGGAGAUGAUCAAUGUGUCCGGAUAUGUGGCCCAGGAGAAACUGGCUAUCGCUGAGCGCUACCUGGUGCCUCAGCUGCGCUCUCUGUGUGGCCUAACGGUGGAGAAGGCCUCCAUCUCGUCAGACGCCCUCAGCCUGCUCAUCAGGCAAUACUGCAGGGAGUCCGGGGUCAGGAACCUGCAGAAACAAGUGGAAAAGGUUUUCCGUAAAGUGGCCUUCUCCAUUGUCAGCGGCGCGCACACCACGGCGACCGUUACUCCUGACAACCUGCAGGACUACGUGGGUAAACCCAUUUUCACAGUUGAUCGGAUGUAUGAUGUCACCCCACCAGGAGUGGUUAUGGGGCUGGCAUGGACUGCAAUGGGGGGCUCGACACUGUUCAUUGAGACUUCGCUGCGACGUCCUCCUGGAGGAGUGGACGUUAAAGAGGAGGGGUCACUGGAGGUUACAGGUCAGCUGGGAGAUGUUAUGAAAGAAAGUGCCAAGAUUGCCUCGACCUUUGCCAGAUCCUUCCUCAUGAGCCAGGAACCAGAAAACCACUUCCUGUUCAACUCCCACCUGCACCUGCAUGUCCCUGAGGGGGCGACUCCGAAAGAUGGACCAAGCGCUGGCUGCACCAUCGUCACAGCACUGUUGUCCCUGGCAACCAAGCAGGCGGUGCGACAGAAUGUCGCCAUGACUGGUGAAGUGUCACUGACCGGCAAAAUACUGCCAGUCGGAGGAAUCAAAGAGAAAACGAUCGCUGCCCGUCGUGCGGGGGUGACCUGCAUCGUCAUGCCAGCUGAGAACAGGAAGGACUUCUCCGACCUGCCAGAUUACAUCACCCAGGGCCUGGAGGUCCACUUUGUGGAUCACUACAGCCAAAUCUACCCCGUUGUGUUUUCACAGAAUCCCUCGUAACUCAAGCACUAAAACUAAGCCCAGAUGUACCAGAUCCUGUCUCCACCACUCCUCAGACACCAAGACUUGUUCGUCAACACGCCGACAGUGCUUGUCAUUUUGGCUCUAGUCAGUAAAAAAAAUCCAGGUUUCACAUUUUCAACUUUCAAUAUGCAGUUUGGACUUUGUCCUGCUGAGAAGAAUGGACGUUCAUGAUUUGUUCCUUCAUCUUCCGGAGGACCAGCUGGCUUGGUGAUUCACGCGAUUCCAUUUCAGCCCCCUCGGAACCCCCGGGCGGAGGAGGAUAGGACAACGUCACUGAAAUGACAGACAGAGCACCGUGACGAUGAUGAUGAAGAACACUGAGCUGACGUCAUACAGGUGGAUGUGAUGCUAUCGAGCGGAGAUCGGGGGGGUGACUCUUCACUCACAGCUCUUAUCGUAGAUUUCUUAUAUUAUUUUAUAUGAUUACAGACCGUGUGAUGAUGAAAUAAAUUAAAUAAACACAA